UACAUAUUUGUUUAAUAUGUGCGUUGAAGGACAUGUCCUGGUCAAAAAUGACUCCAAGGUUCCUCACAGUGUUACUGGAACAAAACACCUCUGAGAUGAAACCAUUAACUAACCCCGUUCUCCCCUCUCUCUCCCACCAGCUGUACAUCCAGACCACCACGCUGACCAUCUCCAUGAACCUCAGCGCGUCCGUGGCCCUCGGCAUGCUCUACAUGCCCAAAGUCUACGUCAUCAUCUUCCACCCGGAGCUCAACGUGCAGAAGAGGAAACGAUCCUUCAAGGCCGUCGUCACGGCCGCCACCAUGUCAUCCCGGCUGUCACACAAGGCCAGUGACCGGCCCAACGGAGAGGCCAAGACGGAGCUGUGCGAGAACGUCGACCCCAGCAGCUAAUUUCAUAAUUUAUCAGAGGUCCAGCAGCUAAGAAGAAGUACGUGAGCUACAACAACCUCGUGAUCUAACGGCGCUCCUCCGUCACUGCAGAGCGAGAUGUCUGAUCUCCUGCAAGAAGGACGAGCAACGGGAGAAAAGCGGCGACGUGCAGGACUUUUUCUUUCUCUUCUUUUGGUCUCAUGUGCUUCACCGCCCAUCGGAGACGUUCAGGUGCAAAGCGGAGCGUGGUGGGACGACCUCUGAACUCUGACCCCUCCAGGUCGAGAAAAGCUCCAGAAAUAAAAAUCUAAUUGUUUUGUUGUUGAAGUGAUGCCAGUGGUUGUGAGGUCGAACACGGCGGAUGCAUCGGGCGGCGAUGACUGGGCGGCGCCGAUGGGCUCCGUGCCGCCGGUGAUGUCAAACGAAGUGUGAGCCCGCCCCCUCGUGUCUCUUUAUGUACUUCCAAACUGCAAGUUCUCACCUUCCUGUCCGCGUGUGUAGUUCUUUAUGGCUUAUAUGUCGGCCUCUUUCCGUUGGUUUGAUUUCUGUUGGUUUGUAAGACGGCUGCGGUUGCCAUGCCGACGACAGAUGUACUUUGCUUCUCGGUUUUAUUGAAGCCAUAUUCUUCUUCGCUCGGAGAUUUGGAGGGCUUCGCUCGCGCUGCCACCUGGACUCACAUUUUUAUCCUGCAAACGUGAGAAAAAAAAGCCUCUGAAAACAAAGUUUUUAUGACUCGCUCGGCUCGUUUGCUCCUGACUACAUAUCCCAGAAUGCACUGGGCUGCAUGCAGGAAACAGCUGCAGGGCUGAAGGCAGCAGAGAAUUUUACAGUGCCCGCUCUGGGGGUGUCUGCUGGCAGUUAGCCACUGUGUAGCCUCGGAGCGGUACCUGCACCGUCCUGACCCCAGUCCUCUUACUCCACCCACACCCCUGCGGGUGGAGUAAGAGGACUUAUUUUACUCUUUCUUGGACUUGGCCUGUUCCCAUCAAUCAGGGACCAAACAUGGUUUUAUUGUCCCCCUGAAAAAGACAAGAGGUCGUUUCAAAAAUACACAAUCAUUGAAAUAGACUUCUUUAAUAAACAUGAUUAAAAAAUAUCAUACCUGAGCUGCGUGGUCACACACCCUGCAGCUCCACCCUCAGCCUCUUUUACCAGCUACUACAGCGUUUACCCAGCACAGUUUAGUCAUUAAAAAAUCUUCACGGUGGAAAUCAGAGUUUAAAAAACGGAUGAAAUCCAAACAGUGAAACAGAGUAAAAGAGGUUGAAGCCUUUUGGAGAGUCGUGCUCCAUUUUUAUUUGCUUAUAUGUCGACGAUCUGAUGCUCUGAAAGUUAAAACGAACGACUGGGAGCGCCGAGACCUGCUUUACCCUCUGCUUCCUGUUUGGACCUCAGUCACGCCGGCCUGGAGAUGGUUCCUCGCACGAGCAGAUUAACGAGGUUUAUUCCAGGUGAGAAUCAGCUGAAUGAAGCAAACCGUCAGUGUUGUGGAGAAACGGCGUUUUCAGAGGCUUUGACAAACACAGCAGCAGGUCUGAAAUCUGACCGUUCAGCUGGCCGUGACACGGAGCCAAAACAGUUUUUAAGUGUUUUUAAAGCCGUUCGUGGUCACCUGAUGAAACAUUCCCUCCCCAACAUGCGUGUUCUUCUCCACACACUGUUUGUAGGUGUUUGAUGGCGGCGGUGGGGGUGAGGGGCAGACCCUUACCCCGAGGGAGCCUCCUUCGGUCCAGGCUGAGUCUCUGCUGAUUUCAUGGACUAAAAAAACCAACUAAAGGUGUCGAUGUCGAGGUUGUCAAUGCAUGCCUGAUAUGUUUGAUGUUGAACCAGAAAAAUAAGUUCUGUGCCACAGUCGAUCCCACCUGUCUGCUCCGAAUCGUCCGUUCUUCGGUUCCUCGGAAACGUUCUCGCUCGGCAGAAUGCGGCUUUGUUCGGUUUCUUAUUCCCUGCAGGAGAAACACACGGAGAAUAUAUAUUUAAAAAAGAAAAACACGUUUUAAAAAGUGGAAGCAUGUAUGUUUUCUACUGUUUGUACUUGGUAUAUUCAUGUUGCCCUUGCUGCUUAUGUGCCAAUGUUGUGGGAGAGAUUUACAUUUGGCCACUCAUGCAACUAUUCUGUGGUGUCGUCCAAGAAUGUAUCAACAUGAAAUAAAACAUUUGGUUAUUUUUUUUAGAAACGCCGUCUGUGUAUCCAUGACGACCCUGAAACACGCUCUCGUGUGACCCUUCACAGCAGCUUUGCAUGAUUCACUGUUCACA